GCGGUGGAUGUUGGCUAAGUCGUAGAUUCUUUUAUUUUUGACGUAUUUUCUGAAUCCGCUGUGUUCGGAUCUGUAAGUACUCAGGCAAGCCCUGAUGCAUUUUCUUUCGAAUAUGCGAAUUUUUUCCAUUUGGGAAACUGAUAUGUUGUACCAGAUUGGGCAGUCGUAGGUUAUGAUCGGUCUGAUUAGUGCUUCGUAGUGUCAUGUCGGUUAGAGAUUAUUUCACGUUCCGUACGUAAGAUGAGAGAUUCAAUUAUGAUAGUUAUUGCAAAAUUUAUCAUAUAAACUGACAGAGUAAAGAUACAGAAUGUCGUAACAGAACAGAACAGAAUGUCGAGUGCUGACUUGGGAGGUAUUUUUAUAUCAAGUGUUUAGUUCCUGUGGUGAGGUUAUCGUUGGAUGCUGGUCGCAUAGGUAUGCUGCUACUGCUUAGUUACUAUUUUGAUGGCUACGGUAUGUAAAAAUGUGAUUAUCCUAGCGCUGUAUUCCGAGACCCCUGUAACAUUAGCAAUAAACAAAAUAGAAAAUGGGUUCGAGGACACUUUCUUGUGGAAGAGUUGUUUACUGUUAGCGGCUUUCUCAGAAAUAGUUUUGUUGUUUUCAUAUCAUAAACCAUGCUAGCCGCUGGCAGCAUGAUUUCUUCUUUGUUUCUGUAGUUAGCUGCUACAGUUAUUGUUAUCAUUUUAUAAACUAGUAAUUUGUUGCUCAUGCUCAAUCUAGAUUUUCUUACCGAUUAAAUAGAUUCAAGAUAGUGCAAUGAUUUUCUCAUUAUCAUUAGGUGUUAGGUGUUUUCCAGUUAACUUAUAAUCCAAAUGCAGUACAAGACAUUUAACCGAAGCUGUUUGUUGGAUUUCUUGACUUAACAAUUUAAUCUUAGAAGAUUCUUUCUUUUUAAAAAUGAAGGCAACGUGCGAACACUUGUUUGAGUUUACUUGGAUUCUAUCUCUCGUUUAACGUUCUAUAUUAUAUAGGUGCUUUUUAGGUUUCUUGUUGCUAUUUUAAUGUUUCCAUGCUUGGAUGGGAUAUGUUCUUUUUCUUUUUUUUAUUAUUUAAUUUGUACUUUACAAUAUGUCCAGCUGGACAUUCGGCAAAUUUUCCUAGCUUAUUUUCAGAUGUGGAUGUAGCGAAGGAAUAAGUUUCCGUUUUCAGCAUUGUUAUCAAUAAACAAAAUAGAAAAUGGGUUCGAGGACACUUUCUUGUGGAACCGUAAAUUUCUUUGCGAGAGAACACUUACACUUCUAAUUUUAACAUACAAAUACCUAUUCGUAAUGUGGGAGAAAAUAAUUCUAUAUGUGCUAUUCAGCAGAAUUGUUUAUAACUUCCUUAAAAUUCUUCAUUUUAUCACAUAAUACAUAAAAUCAUUCAGACUUUAGCGGAGGCUUUUUCCACAUUGAGAAACAACGCGGUGCAGUAUUUUCCUUCUUCCAUUGAUUGAAUUACGUCGCUUAUCAUUCUGUGUAUUUACUUUGCUGUAUUGUGAUUCUUUCUAAAUCUAAAUUGUUGACCUAGGAUUAGGUAUUUAGCUAUUGGCGGGGUAGUUAGCUACGCUCGUUAAGGCCCGGGACUGAAAACGACUCGUCGUGAGUUCGAAUCCUCGCCCUGGAUAUGUUUUCAAAGGAUGGAAAACCCAAAAGCUCUCUUUUAAAAGCCAAUAUACAUAGCACGUAAGGCAAAGCCGCCCCCUUGCGUUGUUGUGUUUGGUAUUUUCUGUGAGUGCUUGGUAGAGUUGCUUAGUAAAGCAACCCCCAGGGCCGACGAUCGUCAAUUCUUGCACUGAUCCUACCGCCCCGCCAGUGUGGAGGUUUUAAUCGGUAAGAGCCCGCCCCGGCACUAUUUUCUACCACCCUGUGUCCCCCGGCCCUCUCUCAGGGUGGAGAGGUGUUGUGUGGUGUCUACGAGAAUUUCCUCCACAAAAAAAAAAUAAACCCCCCCCCCCAAGGCCAGCACAAUUCUAAAAGAAAAGAAGAAAAGAAAAGAAGGAGAAAGAAGAAAACAAAAAAAAAGAAAUAAAAAAAAAUUUUUUUUAAUGUGGCGGAGGAUGAUGGCGGUCAGGAGGCCAUCCAUAUGAACGCUCUAGUCAUUACCACCUAAUGACAAAAUCUCCAAUCACUUAGUUGCCAACCCAAUAGGUGUAAACAAGUAACUACAAUAAAACUUAAUUACAUAAAUAAUAAAUCAGUACGAAAAAAUGUCAAUAUAUGUUAAUACAGCAAAAUGCUGAUAAAAUGCGAGCAAUCUGUUUUUAAUCUGUUAUUCAUUUUUUCAUGACGUAUUGUUCGUCGCCGUAUAAAUCUUAUGUAAACAAUACCAAAUGUAAAAAGGUAAACAGGAUAUUUCAGGCUAUAUAAAAGCAGCCGCAGACUAAAUGUUUAUUACAUUCAGACACGCCAUCCAACGAAUAACAUACAUAUAAUCAAAAUGUAUCGCUUCCUUCUGGCUUUGUUCGUCAUCAUGGCAACCUAUUUUGUUUUAACCCAGGCGAGCUGCCCAGUUAACGAAGUGUGGAAUGACUGCGGUACUGCCUGCCCGCUAACUUGCGAGGAUCCUAAUCCUAGAGUUUGCACACUGCAAUGCAUUCCAGGCUGUGAGUGUGUAAAUGGAUAUGUUAGAAACAAGUGGCAAAAAUGUGUUGAACUAGAAGAUUGUUAGCGAGA